UGUUGUUUUUAUUGAAAAGUGAACCGCAGCCAUAUUAGGUGACCAAACCUCUUUUAAUAAUGGAUAAAAUACAAUAGUUUAAAAGAGACCAUAAUAAUAGAUAGUGACAAAGCAGAGACAUAGCUAAUAAUGCAUUGCAGAGAGCAAAUGAUGCAGAAAGGUGGUGAUUGACUGAUACUACCAAACACAUUUCCUUUGAACUUUCUCUCUUCUCUUCAUUCUCUGUCCCCUUAUCUUUUUCAUCCAUGAAUGGAUAGUGGAACAAAAUAAGAACAUAAUAAAAGUGUUGCAGUAUUCUGCUGCAUUUUCAGCAAUGGGUGCUAGUUGCUCAAGAUUCUGCUUAUGCUGCUUGCCCUCCAAUACAAAAUCCAAUCUUCAUCAAUUGCCUGAUCAUGAUGAUGGGAACAAGGGUGAUGAGAAGGAUUCUUGGGGUGGUUUAACUAAUUUCAGCUUGGACCAACUAAGUAUUGCCACGUCAGGAUUUUCACCAGACAACAUUGUAUCAGAACAUGGUGAGAAAGCUCCUAAUAUUGUCUACAAAGGAACAAUUGGAGAUCACAUGUUGGUUGCUGUGAAACGUUUCAACAAGUCUGCCUGGCCUGAUUCACACCAAUUCCUAGAGGAAGCACGAGAAGUGGGGAAUCUAAGAAAUGAAAGGUUAGCUAACUUGGUUGGUUAUUGUUGUGAAGGAGAAGAGAGAUUGCUAGUUGCUGAGUUUAUGCCUAAUGAAACUCUCUCUAAACAUCUAUUUCACUCGGAGACUCAGCCUAUGAAAUGGGCAAUGAGGUUGAGAGUGGCCUUGUAUUUAGCACAAGCUUUGGAAUACUGCAGCAAUAGAGGAAAGGCAUUGUACCACGAUCUUAAUGCUUACAGAAUUUUGUUUGAUCAAGAUGGCAACCCUAGACUGUCUUGUUUUGGACUAAUGAAAAACAGCAGAGAUGGUAGAAGUUACGGUACAAAUAUAGCUUUUGCCCCUCCAGAAUAUUCGAGGACAGGAAAAGUUACUCCUGAAAGUGUAAUUUACAGUUUUGGAACACUUUUGCUUGAUCUUCUGAGUGGAAAGCAUAUCCUACCCAGCCAUGCACUUGACCUUAUUCGUGCCAAAAAAAUUCAGCUGUUAACGGACUCGUGUUUGGAAGGUCAUUUUUCAAAUGAUGAUGGAACUGAGUUAUUGAGAUUAGCAUCACGUUGUUUGCAGUACGAACCUUGCGAGAGACCAAAUGCCAAGUCACUUGUGAAUGCUCUAACUCCUCUUGAGAAAGAAACUUCAGUUUCAUCACUUGUUUUAUUGGGCAUACUUGAUGAGAGUGAACCACCAAAGGAAAUAGUUCCAUUGACACCAUUUGGUGAAGCUUGCUCCAGAAAAGAUCUCAUUACAAUACACAAAAUUUUGGAGAGAGUGGGGUACAAGGAUGAUGAAGAUGUUGCAAAUGAGCUUUCUUUCCAAAUGUGGACAGAUCAAUUACAAGGAACACUGAAUUCGAAGAAACAUGGAGAUUCUGCUUUUCAUGCUGGAGAAUUCUCUAAGGCCAUCGACUUUUAUACACAAUUCAUCAAUGGUGGGACUAUGGUAUCACCAACUGUGUAUGCAAGGAGGUGCUUGUGUUACUUGAUGAACAACAUGGCACAAGAAGCACUAGGAGACGCCAUGCAAGCUCAAUUAAUAUCACCCACGUGGCCGACCGCAUUCUAUCUUCAAGCAGUUGCCUACUUCACCAUUGGGAUGGACAUUGAUGCACUUGAAAGCCUUAAAGAAGCUACAACAUUGGAAACCAUAGCAUAGGAAUUGAAUUGAAAUGUAUAUACAAAAUUACAGCGAGUCACUGUAAUUUUGACAAAUCCUUCGCAAUUCCAAACAUGCUCAAACUAAUAAUUGUAAUUGUCUUAUUUAUUUAUGUUUAUUAGUUGUGAAUCUCAAAUUGC